GUAGUUAUUAAUUAUCGUGAAGUGGGUAUUUGAAUAAAUCAGUUGUUGUCUUGCACUCGAAGUGUUUCAUUCAAUUAUAACAUGGUGACAGCGGUUUUGAUUAUUUUACACAGUUUUUCGAAGAAAACUGUCGGAAAGUUUUGAAGCACGUAAUUAGUGUAACUGGAAGUAUAAAAAUCAGUGAUUGUUUGCAGUAAAUAAGUGUUUUAAAAAUAUGGAGCAUGCCCGACCUCCAGCGGAAUUAAACAUGGACGGCGGUCCCGUUAGCAGGGCUAACGCGUGGAAAAAGUGGAGACAACAAUUCAUGUUAUUUGUAAAGGCUUCUGGAGUUCAUUCUGAGCCAUCAAGUGUGCAAGCCAGUUUACUUAUUAAUUUGAUUGGCCCUGACGGUUUUGACAUAUAUCAAGCAUUUACUUUUGAAACCGAGGCAGAGAAAGAUGAUGUUCAAACGGUUAUAAAAAAAUUUGAUAGCUAUUUUGGAACUAAAGUUAAUAAAACUCUCAUACGUUAUAAAUUUUUCACUCGAAAUCAGGAAGAUGGUGAAUCGAUUCAGCAAUAUGUGACGGCCUUACGACUGUUAAGCAAAGAUUGCGAAUUUUCGUCGCUCGAAGAUGAUUUAAUAAAAGAUAGAAUCGUGUGUGGUAUACGCAAUUCGACAUUGAGGGAUAGAUUAUUGCGAAGUGAGGACCUCAACCUUGACAAGGCGAUGAAGAUAUGCCAGGCCGAGGAGUUAUCACAGGAGAGUGGAUCGCAGUUGAGUGGUAAUAGUGCAGUGCAAGUGAAUGCUGUAGAACAACGCGGUGCAUAUAGCAGGCGCGGUAUGCAAAAUUUAACUGGCGUCGGCGCCGGACCGAGCCGUGCGGGAGCGAGCAACCGCGGACGAGGCCCGUUCGUGGCAGCGGCGGCGCGGGGCGAGCGGCGCGGCGUGACUCGCCCGAUCGCGGCGCCGUGUCGGCGCUGCGGAGGCGCGCGCUGCAUCAGCGGCGACGGGUGUCCUGCGCAGGUGGUAGAUUGUUUUGUGUGCGGGAAACGGGGGCAUUUCGCACGUACAUGUAAGUCGAAAUUUACUUUUAAAAGUAAUGAACGUGUCAAAAGGGUAUAUGAUAUUGAAGAUUAUCAAAGCAGUGAUUCGGAAUGUGAGAGGUUUUAUGUUUCGGUAAUUAAGGGACGGAAAAAUAGUUCGGAUGAAUGGUGUGAAAAAUUAUUAUGUGGUAAUAGGGAAGAAAAGUUUAAGUUGGAUACAGGGGCGGACAUAAAUGUGAUGUCUUUAGAGACAUUUUUAUUGUUAGGGUUUAACUUAGAAAUGUUAAAGCCCGACAGAAUUAAAUUAGAGUCGUAUAGUGGUAAUUUCAUACCAAUAAAAGGAGUUUGUUAUUUGCAAUGUGUGUAUAAAAGUCAAACCUUCAACCUCAAAUUUGCUAUUGCAGAUAUGAGUUGUCAAAGCGUGUUGGGACGGAAGAGUUGUGAGGAAUUGGGUUUAGUGCGCCGCAUUCAUUCUGUUAAAUUGUUGGAGUUCAAGGAUUUAUUUACAGGGUUAGGAUGCCUACCAGGCAAAUAUCACAUAGUAAUUGAUGAAUCUGUGCGUCCGGUAGUGUGUGCUGCUCGAAAAGUUCCCCUGGGUCUCCGCGAUCGUUUAGCAGAGGAACUGAAGAAAAUGGAAAGUCUAGGAGUGAUAAGAAAAGUAACUCAUCCAACUCCAUGGGUCCACCCAUUAGUAAUAGCAGCAAAAAAGAAUAAUGGUAUCCGUAUAUGUCUUGACCCUCGGGAACUGAAUCGCGCCGUACAACGUGCUCACUUUCAACUUCCCACUGUAACAGAACUAGCAGCUAAGUUACAUGGUGCUCGGGUAUUUUCUGUAUUGGACGCAAAUUCUGGAUUUUGGACCGUGUCGUUAGACGAAGCGAGUGCCGACCUUUGUACGUUUGCAACCCCAUUUGGCCGUUAUCAAUUUUUAAGACUACCCUUUGGCAUAUCUUGUGCAUCCGAAGUAUUUCAUAGCAAGAUGCGUCAGCUGUUAGAAGGCUUGGAGGGAGUUGAUAAUUUUGUUGACGAUAUAAUAUGCUGGGGAAAAGACAGACAGGAGCAUGAUAGAAGGUUAGAUAAUUUAUUAAAACGGGCGAGGGAAAUAAAUUUAAAAUUUAACAAAGACAAAUGUAAAAUUGCUGUCAAACAGGUUACAUAUUUGGGGCAUGUUUUUGACGCCGAAGGCAUGAGACCGGAUUACAAUAAAAUAAAGGCCAUAAAAGAAAUGCCGGUUCCAAAAGAUAAGAAAAGUUUAGAGCGAUUUUUAGGCGUAAUUAAUUACUUGUCUAAAUUCAUUCGUAACUAUUCUGAGUCAGCCAUACCUUUGACAACCUUGCUAAAGAAAGAUAGUGAGUGGCAGUGGGAGGAAAGUGCACAACAGGCCUUUGAAACGUUAAAGCAACGGGUAUGUAGUGCACCGGUACUGGCUUUGUAUGACGUAUCAAAGCCGGUGGUGUUAUCUGUAGAUGCGUCCCGAGACGCAUUGGGCGCGGUGCUCAUGCAGGGCGGGCGGCCAGUCGAGUACGCGUCGCGGACGCUAACGGACGCACAGAGGCGAUAUGCUCAAAUUGAAAAGGAGCUAUUGGCUAUAGUAUUUGCGUGCGAAAGAUUCCACCAAUACGUGUUCGGAAAGAAAGAAAUUCUUGUAGAAUCCGAUCAUAAACCUCUCGAGAGUAUAUUUAAAAAACCCUUAAUGUCAGUCCCGGCUCGCUUACAACGCAUGAUGCUAAGAAUUCAGGGUUACGAUUUAGUAGUUAGUUAUAAGCCCGGUAAAUACAUGUAUAUCCCAGAUGCCUUGUCUCGCGCACCACUGCCUGAGUUAUAUAGUGAAGAAGUGCACGAAAACGUAUUAUACCAGAUUCAGAUGAUAAUUAAUAAUUUACCUAUGUCAAAAAAUAAACUAGAAUUAAUAAAGAAAGAAAUUACACGAGAUUUAGGUUUAAAGGAGGUGUUAAACUGUAUAAAGUAUGGUUGGCCAGAUCAUAAAUGUAAACUGCAAAAUAAUAUAAGAGAGUUCUGGUCAAUGAAGGAUGAAUUAUUUGAAGUAGAUGAUGUAAUAUUUAAGGAUAACUUAGUUCUUAUACCUAAAAGCUUAAGAAGAAUUAUGCUAAAUAUUGUACAUGAAGGACACUUGGGCAUAGAUCGGUGCAAGCGUCGCGCAAGACAAGUGAUGUUCUGGCCGAAUAUGUCGAGCGACAUAGAAAACUAUGUUAAACAAUGUCGUGUGUGCCAGGAGAGUUUAAACGCGCCCGCCAGGGAGCCUUUAAUAUCAAUAGAUAUCCCCGAGCUACCAUGGAAUAAGGUGGGAUCGGACAUUUUUGAAUUUCAGAAAAAGUACUUUUUAAUUAUUGUCGAUUACUAUUCAAAUUUUAUUGAAGUAAUCAAAUUAAAUAACCUUACUUCAACCGCCGUGAUACAAAGUAUGAAAGAAGUAUUCUCGCGCCAUGGUAUACCGGAAACAUUGAUUAGUGAUAACGGAACACAAUACAGUAGCCGCGAUUUCAAAUUUUUUUCGGAUGAAUGGGGAUUCACACACGUGACGUCAUCGCCACAUUAUCCACAGGCGAACGGCAAAAGUGAACGUGCUGUCCAAACAAUUAAGAAACUACUUAUAAAAUCUGUUAAAAGCGGUGGAGAUUUUUACUUGGCUUUGCUUAAUUAUAGAAACACACCUAGGGAGGGUUUAAGCUCUCCAGCACAACUCCUGAUGAGUCGUAGGUUGCGAUGUAAAUUACCAGUUAAUUCUAAAUUGUUAGUUCCUAAACCGGUGGAAGUAUCUGAACAUUGUAAGCUAUUGGAAAAGCAAUCUAUGUCAAGCUAUUAUUAUAAUCAAAAUUGUAAAAAAUUACCUGAUCUUGAAAAGGGUGAUGAUGUCAUUUGUAUUGAAGGAAAACAAAGAAGCAGGGGCACAGUGGUGGGCGUAGCAAACACGCCUCGAUCAUAUAUUAUACAAAAUAGAUUAGGUAAUCGCUAUAGGCGAAAUCGCAGGCAUCUGAUUAAAUGUCAGUUAGGAGACUCCGAUCAAAUGAAUAAUGCACCAGAGUCUGACUCUGUUUUUAGAAAAAAAUAUAUGGAAGCGAGUGAGGAAAUAAGUCUAUCGGAGGAACCCAUUCCUAAACAAAGUAAAAAACCUCAAUAUGAAAUCAAUAGACCUAUUUCACCACCGCUUACACGCCGUCGUGCUAGGGCUAAACAGGCGACAGAGGGACCAGUGCCCCAAUAGCCUUGUAAUUACAUUUUUUAUCACAUGGAAAUACUUUAUAAAUUUAAACUAAAUAUCUAGGUGUAAGUAAUAUCUGUAUGGGCAGGUGAAAAUAAUAAGAAGUUAAAGUUAUGUUGUUUCAUUUUCUAUUUUUGUAAAGGGAAAUAUUGUAGUAAAUAUUUUAAGGGAAAGAUGUUGUGUAGUUAUUAAUUAUCGUGAAGUGGGUAUUUGAAUAAAUCAGUUGUUGUCUUGCAC